UUACACCAUCUCUGAAAUAAACAAUUGUCUAGCUUCUCUUUGCCUUUUGCGAACCUUUGAAGUCUCCCCCCACUGCUCUGUCCACACUGCCCAGUUUGGGAAGGCGAGAUUAACAGCGGUGGAAUGAGGAGCCUUGUCCUUAGGAAUCCACGCCUGGGCGAGUGGUGCCAGCACAGGGCUACUGUGGGAGCCAUAUCCUAGGCGCGGGUGGCAGGCAGAGAUCCUUGCCCAAGAAGAGAGUGAUGGAGUGCAUCUUGCUAGCAUCCUCCAGCCCUGCCACCCAGCGGGCAAGGGGGAGGGAGCUGAUCGGGCGCAACGGCCCGCCCCGCCGUCCCUCCCCCUCCUCCGCGCCGGGGAGCCGCGAUGGUGCGCUCCGGCCAGCUGUGCGCCGCCGAGUGAGGCGCCAGCCUGUGGGUGCUGCCGGGGGCGGCGGCGAGGAGGGGGGGGCACAGCUGGCGGUGGCGCGGGUCUCGGUGCUCCGCUUGUGACCGGGGGCGAAGGUGACGACCGGUCGCGAGGUGCUGGUGCUGCUGAGUAGUUCCGGGCCCGGAUCCCCAGUCUCCGUGUGUGGCGGCCCAGCUAUCGACCCCGUGUCCGCGCCAGCAGGAGCCUGGGGAGAAAUCAGCGGCGGCGCGACUGCUGGCGGCGGCCGGCUGGAUGCGAGACCUGCGUGGACCGUGCGGGGGACAGCGGUUGUCGACUCCGGGAAGCGGAUCGCCCAGCAUAGGAGCCCGACCGCGCUGGCCAUGGCCUCCAACUUUAACGACAUAGUCAAGCAGGGCUACGUGAAAAUCCGCAGCAGGAAGCUAGGGAUAUUCAGACGAUGCUGGUUGGUUUUUAAGAAGGCUUCUAGCAAGGGACCCAGAAGGCUUGAAAAGUUUCCAGAUGAAAAGGCAGCUUAUUUCAGAAACUUUCAUAAGGUAACUGAACUGCACAACAUCAAAAAUAUAACCAGACUGCCUCGAGAGACAAAGAAGCAUGCAGUGGCAAUUAUCUUUCAUGACGAAACGUCAAAGACAUUUGCUUGUGAGUCAGAGCUGGAGGCUGAGGAGUGGUGCAAGCACCUUUGCAUGGAAUGCCUCGGGACAAGGCUGAAUGACAUCAGCCUGGGGGAGCCUGACCUGCUGGCAGCUGGGGUGCAGCGGGAACAAAAUGAACGAUUCAAUGUUUAUCUUAUGCCUACACCCAACCUGGAUAUUUAUGGUGAAUGCACAAUGCAGAUCACUCAUGAGAAUAUCUAUCUCUGGGAUAUCCACAAUGCCAAGGUCAAGUUAGUGAUGUGGCCUCUUAGCUCACUGAGGAGAUAUGGUCGGGAUUCAACUUGGUUCACCUUUGAGUCAGGAAGAAUGUGUGACACAGGAGAAGGACUAUUCACUUUUCAAACAAGGGAAGGAGAAAUGAUCUAUCAGAAGGUCCACUCUGCAACACUGGCUAUAGCUGAGCAACAUGAAAGACUAAUGCUAGAAAUGGAACAGAAGGCCCGGCUUCAGACAAGCUUGACUGAACCGAUGACAUUAUCGAAAUCCAUCUCUCUUCCUCGGAGUGCAUACUGGCAUCACAUUACACGUCAGAACAGCGUUGGAGAAAUCUACAGCUUGCAAGGUCAUGGGUUUGGUUCAUCAAAGAUGUCCAGGGCACAAACAUUUCCCAGCUAUGCUCCAGAACAGAGUGAAGAGGCUCAACCACCGUUGUCACGGUCCAGCAGCUAUGGAUUCAGCUAUAGCUCCAGCCUCAUUCAAUGACACACUGAGGCCACCAAUGACCAGCAAGACAGUCUGCCCUGGACCUGUCAUGGGAUCAUUUCUUCCCAUGCUUCCUGGAAGACCAAUUGCAGUACAAUUUAACAUUGGUAGGGCCUAGCCCCAACUAGAAGGUUAAAACUGGAGUUCUGCUUCCUUGAUUCAGUGGUUAAGUCCUUUAUUUAUUGAAUUUCUAUGGGGGAAAUCUAUGUUUUACCAAAAAAAAAAAUAGAAUCCAAUAAUAUGAACACUCAUCUAAAUAAGAAAAAUUCUUUGUGUCUGACAUUGGCAGAAGUUUUGGUACUGGGAAAUUUUUCCACUCCAGUUUGAGCCUGGGUGUCACUGACAUUUGUCCUUAAGGUUAGGUGCUUCUGUUUGGACAUACGGCCUGUUCUUAGACAUAUGAUGACCCACUGCAAGCCCUGUGGCUUUUUCAGUUUGGGCAGAAACAAGUCAAGUAAGCUCUACAAAUGGCAUCUUAACUCUCUAUGUAAAAAAAACCCAGUGACAAUUAAGGGGGAUGUAAAAUUAGAAUACGCCAUGAAGAAGGGCCCUGUAACUUGUGUGUGUGUGUGUGUGUAUUUGUUUGUGUGUGUGUGU